UGCUGGGAACUAGAGUCUCCUCCCCCCCGCGAUCAACCAGCCAGAGCUAGCUCCAAUUUUUCCAUAGGUUUCGCAAGAUCUCCCCGAGCGGGUUGGCGUGUGGCAAGAUUUAUCCGCCAUACCAACCGAACAGUACUGACAUGAAAUCUGCUUAAAGGAACCUUUGAACUUCCGGAGGCAUGUCCAAGAAAAGGGGCAGAAAGCGGAGCAGUGGGGAGCUGAGUGACGCGGUAACCCCGGACCCCAACUCCAUCCUGGGCCUGCGCAUCCAGCAUAACUGGCGGGAGAAGGGGAACCAAAGCAAGUGGAAGGGAACGGUGCUGGACAGGCUCAGCGUGAAUCCCUCCCUCUUCAUGGUGAAGUACGACGGCUUCGACUGCGUCUAUGGCAUCGAGCUGUUCAGGGACGAGAGAGUGUCCAACCUGCAAGUCCUGUCCGAGAACAUCGUGAACAACAAAGUGAAGAUCCCAGCAGGGGCGGAGGAACUCGUCGGCAAAGCAGUGGAGCAUUUGUUUGAAAAGGAAGAUGGAGAGAAGAAUGAGUGGAGAGGCAUGGUCCUCUCCCGAGCUCCAGUCAUGACAAACUGGUAUUAUAUAACUUAUGAAAAGGACCCAGUUCUCUAUAUGUACCAGCUGUGGGAUGACUACGCAGACGGAGACCUCAGGAUUCUGCCUGAAGCAGAGAACAAGCACCUGUUGCCCGCGGACAGAAAGCCGGGAGAAGAGACGGAAAGUCUGGUGGGGAAACAAGUGGAGUACGUUACCGACAAGGGAGUGAAGAGAACAGGCCUGGUCAUCUACCAGGUCCCAGCCAAGCCCUCAGUGUACUAUAUCAAAUAUGACGAUGACUUUCAUAUUCAUGUCUAUGACCUGGUCAAAACCCCCUAGACAUAGUGGACGCUUUUAUUUUUGUCUUAAGCCCCCUCUUUUUUUUUUUUUUUUCCAUCUGCUUUUGUUCUGCUCAUUAAGUUAUUCAAAGCCAUGAAGCGUGGAGGAGAGCUGACCUGCUUUAUUUGUUAACAAGCCUGUGCAAUAUUCAUUUCUAUGCGUAGCAGAACAGUAGCGCUGCUAUGGUUGUUUUUUUGUUUCGAUUUUUUUUUUUUUUUCAAAGGGGUGACUGUCUUAUUGUAUAAAUUUACCCAUGGACAGUACAGGAUUGGGCUGUCGUCGCCUGUGCAGGUAUCUUUACGUCGGUGCCAUCGAUCACUCUGUCAAGUGGUUCUGACUUUGAAAGCUGAGCAAGAUGUCUUAUAGUUGCACUUUUUUCAGGUCGUUCUUUUAAACUUGUUACACAAAAAGUGUCUGUAGUCAAAGCUUUAAUUUGCUGUUCGUACCAGAAGACAUCAGUGGGAAACAGCCUUGCAGAGGCACCUUUAUUUGUCCCAUAUACUGCUAAAUGCCAAUAUUCCCUUGCUCCAUUGCACUCUUAUCUAGCAUCGCAACGUUUCUAGUUGUGCUGUAUUCACUGGCUGCAGACUACAUUAUGUGAGUACAGCCAGGCUUUUUUUUUUCGUUGAUGUUGUGCAGGAAGGUUUUAAAUAUGCUUUAAAUCCUAAUAAAGCACUUUUGAUGUUGCAAGGGAGAUGCUAAAAUAGUCUAAUUUAAAACGCACAGUGAUAAAGUGCCUUCAUACAGGUCACAAUUUGGCAAUACUAUACUUACCAUCUCUCUGAACUGCUAAAUGCUAUUUUGUUAAGCUUAAAGGACAAACGGCUUGAGGAAAGCUCUGGAUCAGUUUGCAAUCCUGACAUUUAGCUCUUUGGUCGUAAAAAACGUAUUCUUCAAAUGUAACCUGCUUUAUCGUUGCUGUUGUGAGCUCACCGUUGAUGUUGUGUGCAGCACUUUACCAUAUAAAGUUUACGUGGUUAGGUUGUAGUAUGGUAUUAUACUUUCCGCUAAAUGUUCUGAAGAAACAGUACGCAUGAAGGAAAGAAAAAAAUCUAUAACGCUGCAAUACGUUCAGAUGACAGUAUUUAAUCUGUAAUAUUUGUGUAUAAUUCCCUAUAUUUUUUUCUUUGAGGUAAUCGGCUAAAACAAUGUAUAAGUAUCUAUCUCUGAUUUUAGUUUUUUUUUUAAAAGGGGCUUAUAGUCUUCAAAGACAUGCUUGCAGAGCAGGUUUUCAUCCACUUUUAAUUCUUGAAACUGAGCUUUAUGUAUCCUUUCGAUAACUUUGCGUUUGGGUCAAAACUCUGGUUGCAUCCCCUGAACAGUGCCUGCGAGUUUUUGAAACGUCUCCAUAUAGGCUGGGAAUGACCAUGUAUUGCUAGGUUCAAUUCUGUUGUUGCAUUUGACUAAAAAAAAAAAAAAACACACACUAUGCAUCACUGUUGGCUGUGCUGUAGUGUUUGUUGUGCAACCUCAAGUCAUAAAUAACUGCUUUAAGUUUUCUCCUCUGGUUCUGAAGUUGUAGCAGAAUCCAAACGACGGUUCAUGUCAUCGUUCUGUUGUAAUAAAGAGUUUUGCACAUC